AUGCCGGACAUUGUCUUCCUCGGCGCACACUACGCGCACGCCUACCGAGGACGUAAGUGGAAGGCCCUAGUCAUCGCCACAGCGGUGAGAUAUCUCGAGAUGACCGAGACCAAGCUCUUCUUGACCGCCAACAACCCGCUGGAGCUGUUCGUUCCGAUGCUUCACUUCCACGUCGCCGGCUUCGAGAGAGAUAUCGCCACCGGGAUGGGAAUCCCAGGUGCGGAGCGACAAGGAGUUCACCCGAGAGCACCGUACCUAGGUAUCUUCAUCCCCGGCGGCCGCGGCGUCGUGGCCAACUGGCCCUUCGCGAGUGCUGUCGGCAAGAUCCUGCACUGGGCCAGAGGAAACCGACGCUGCGGCAUCACGUCGCGCCACGGCGCGGCCGCGCUGCUGGCCGCCAACGUCGACAAGCCCCCCGGCAGCCCGUUCAUCUACGGAGGCCGCGAGAUUCGCCUCUACCCAGACGCGCUCGACAGCGGCCCUAACGUCGAGUCCGGGCUGUGCCCAAGCAAGCCGCGCUGGUGCUUUGGCGAGCGACUCCGCUACCUGGGUGUCAUGGCGUCGAACCACAGCUUCCUAGGCUCGGCAUUUCUUGAUCGCGGCCUGAUCACGGCCGACUCGGCCUCGACGAGCGGGCCGCGUCGGAGGAGACUAUGGCCACGACUGUCGGCGACUUAG